AUGCUUUCGCAAUCUUUGAGAUACAAGUACAUUGAGAAGCUUCAAGAGGAAAGGGUGACCUUAAAGAGGAGUAGGUGCAUGGAGCCAUUACAGGACGAGAUAAUAAUAGAUGAUGUUUCAUUUACAAAAUCACAAGUUUUUGGCAUGAAAGGAAAGAAUGUGUGCUGUUACAAGCAACUGGAGAUGCCGGAGAGCCCGAUUCGAGCUACGGAUUUCCACAGUAGAUUUUGGAGCCCUUCUGCAUCUCAUCAUUUCCUGCAAAUAUUCACAACCAAUAACUCAUUGCUGCCAAAUGACACAAAUGAAGAAGAUGAUGAGAACUUCAGAAGUGCACAUUCAACCCCAAAAGCCUCACUGAAGCAGGACAACAACAUAGAGAUGGACUCACAGCAACGAAGAACAUGGCCGAGGGGCCAGUUCCUGAGCAGCCUAUUCCGGUGGAGGAACGAGAGCAAGAAAGAGGAGAGACGGCUCCAAACAGCCCAGCUGCACGCGGCCCUCUCCCUCACGCAGCUAGCUGCAGCCAUUGCCGGGAUCAGCAGCACCACGGGAAAGGAAGAGGGCUCCCCAUUCCAGCAAGGCACGCCGUGCCAGGACAUGGCCAACGUGCUGUCCUCUGCUGCAGCGCUGGUGACCAACGUGUGUGCCGAGGCAGCAGAGUCCCUGGGCGCCAACAGGGCUGAGGUCCAAGCCGCUGUCGACUCCGGGGUGGCCAUCCAGACCCCUAUCGACAUGAUAGCCAUCACAGCCACAGCAGCAACAUGCUUACGAGGAGCUUCCCUUCUGAAGACGAGGGCGACGGCCGUCCCCCUAUCGAGAGUGCAAGAAAUGCUCAAGAUAAGCGCUGAGAUACGCACAAUCAUGCCUUCUGGGCGGAAGGAGUGCACGAGGGUGAGCGUCUACCUAAAGCAUCAACAUCUCAUCUUCUGCUUCACAAAGAAGUACCUAAGAGGAGCCCUCACCUCAACAAAAGAGUAUCAGGUCACUAAUAUCACUCAGGAGAGAAGAGAGCAGCAAGGAAAUUGCUUGCUAUGUCUGAACACCAAGAAUGGGGUUAUAAAGCUACUAUUUGAAGAUGAAAUGCAAUCUAAAAUCUGGAUAUCAACUAUUCUCAAUCUCUUGGAGGUGCACAACAUUCAUAAAUAUUGACAUUUUUUGUGAAAUGUGUGUAUGUAAAUAUUUGCUUUUAACUA